GAAGCAGCGUCAGGCCUCCCCAAGCACCUUCCUCCAACACGUCCAGAGCACUGAGCAUCACCCACAGGAGGAGUCUGUUUAUGGCAGCAUCCCACAGGGACCUGGGGCCGGGGGAAAAGUCACACAGAGGACAAGGAAGGAAAAGAAGCCUGCUCCCCUUCUGCUGGAGGCACUCGGUGGGGGGCCAGGACGUGCAAGUCACAUGACAGAGCUUCGUGAUUUCUCCUUUGAUGAAAACCCAGCAUUGGCAUCAGCAGGAUCUUUCGAUCAAGAGGCUGAGACCCCCCCUAGUUUUGCGUCAGGGACAGCUGAAGCUGAAGGGAUCAUCUGUGAACAGACCCUGCUUCUCUCUGCUGGGGCUGCCGCUGCAGGGGAGACCAGCCCAAUUGAGGAUCCCAGCAGGGACCCCUGGGGACAGGACAAAUGUGACUUGUGUCCCAGAGAGGAGGAUCUUUCAGAAAAAAUACACCCUGAGACGGUUCAGGGCCCAGAGAGGAAGCAGGAGACGUACAGGUUUCACCUUCCGGGGGGAGGCUCCUUCCUUUGCUCUGAAACUGAACUGGGGUUUGAGGUGAGGGCAGCCGUGACCAUCCAGUACGAAUAUGACUCCUGGGAUCGACAUCUGAGCACAUCUGAGAAGCAGCAAUGGAUGGUGGCCGGCCCUUUGUUCAACAUCCGGGUGGAACCAGCCAGGGCUGUGGCAGCCGUUCACCUCCCGCACUUCUUGUGCCUCGCGGGGGGAGAGGUCGAUGCCUCCCGGAUGCGAAUCGCCCACAUCGUUGACAGGGGGAUGACCCUGGAGGAGCCAACGAGGGUGAGGCCGUUCCACGCCGUGCUGCAGAACCCCAGCUUCUCCCCUCUGGGCGUGCUCUGGAGGAAAAUACAGUCUAAAUGCCAGGCAAAAGUCCACACCCUGGCACUGCUCUACCGGGCACUCAGGGCUGCGAACACAACCCUGCACCUCUACCUGAUCCCCAACGACCGCUCCCUGAGACAGGCCGUUAGUGACCACGAGUCCAAAUGCCCCUCGGUGCGUGUGCACAAGCCUUCCAGGACCAAGCCCUUGAAAUUUGGCUCCUGUUGUGUGGUGUCCAGCUCAUCCCAGCUUGAGGUGAUACCUGAGGAGCUGGAGUUCUGCUAUCUGGGCCCCAAGCUGGAGCAGCCGUACCUGGAGAUCUACACCCGGGACAUGCAGGAGGGGCUGCAGCUCAGCCUGUUGGAAAAGAUAGAUGGGGAACCAAUCUGGAAGGCCUUGGUGAGACCAGAAGACGUGAUGGUCUGUGUUUCAUCUGCCCAAAUGCAGACAGAAGAACAUUUCAUCGACCAGCACCGAGAGCAGCUGAUCCAACGGGUGCGCCAGGUGGACGGAGUGCUGGAUAAACUGUACAACACCGUGCUGGACAACGAGCAGUACCAGAGCAUCCGAGCCGAGAGAACGGACCCGGAGAAAAUGCGGAAACUCUUCGACCUGCUCCCGAGUUGGAACCGGGCCUGCAAGGACCAGCUCUACCAGGUGCUGGAGGCCAAGCAAAAAUUCCUCAUCCAAGAACUUAAAGGGACAUAAGACUGCCUGCCGUGGCUCACACUAGGGGCCCAUCCAGCUCAGUGUCCUGUCGGUGACAGGGUUCAGUACCAGCUACUUCAGAGAAAGGUGCAAGACCCUCCUCCUUGACAAUUCUGCACUAAUCUGCCCAUGGUGGGUGAAACCCAGUGUCCCCAACUGGGUAAUCCAGUCUGCUUCUUUAAAAACUCCUGGCUGUGACACUUUGUACCUCAAAAGCAGCACCCUGGAACCCCUAUAUUCACCACAGUCGUGGAAUUAUUAGAAGUUUUG